CUCUCUCUCUCUCUCUUUCGCUCUCGCUUCGUGCACUGCACGUACGCGUGCGUCCGUAGUACGUGCGUGCGUUGGACAGUGCGUAGUUGAAAGCGUUAUUUGUUUUUUUGUCCUCCGCUUCUCUGACACAGUGCGACCUGCAAAUCCGUAUCGUCGAUCUAUGUGCGGCUCCUUGGGAACGUCGUCGCCGCAUAAUCCAGGGGCGUUACGCACUGAUGUAAGACACACUUCCACCCGCAUUGUAGCUGGAUUAUGCACCAGCUUUCACUGAACAUUCUCGCUGCUUUUCAGUUUGUAAAUACUACAACAUGCCUCCCAAACAGAGGAAAAUAGCUAUUAUGGGCUAUAGAUCCGUAGGUAAAUCAUCCCUUAGUAUACAGUUCGUCGAAGGACAAUUUGUAGACUCAUAUGAUCCUACAAUAGAGAAUACAUUUACAAAAAGUACACGAGUAAAUAGUCAAGAUUAUGAACUUAAACUAGUAGACACAGCUGGUCAAGAUGAAUAUAGCAUAUUUCCUACUCAGUAUUCCAUGGACAUCCACGGUUAUGUCCUGGUAUACAGCAUAACCAGUGCAAAGAGUUUUGAAAUUGUACAAAUUAUUUAUGACAAAUUACUUGACAUCACUGGAAAGCUUCAUGUUCCAAUUGUAUUAGUGGGCAACAAAACAGAUUUGUACGUUGAUCGUAUGAUCACGACAGACCAAGGAAAACGCUUGGCGAAUUCCUGGAAUGCAGCAUUUCUAGAAACCAGUGCAAAACAAAAUGAGUCUGUUGCAGAUAUUUUUCACACAUUACUGAUGGAGAUUGAAAAAGCCAAUGGAAAUGUACAAGAAAAAUCGAAUUGCGUUAUUUGUUGAAUUGCCUGAAUUAAUGGCAUUAACAGAAAUGUAAAUGUGUAAAACUGGGUAAAAACAUUGGCAUUAUAUCUCUGAUACCUUCACAAUCCCUCUGACAUGAAUACAAGUGUCAAAAACAUAAAAGACAAACGCAAAUGAAACAAUCCAAUUACAUCUCAUUUUUGAACGGUAUAAUAUAAAUAAUUUAGUUAUGAGCAUAAUGGCAAUAGAUAAUAUUAUUCAUACAUAUAUAACCACACAGCAAAUUAUAUGGUUAUUAUGUUUAUAGAAUAAUUGAGUUUUUUAUGUUCUGGUUUAAUGGUCUGAUUAUAUAAUUGAAUGGCGAAAUCUAA